AUGGCUCCUGAAAAUAAUAUGAAUUCAAUGAUAACAUUAUCCGAAGUGCGUGAGCGUAUAGAUCCAUCUGUUUAUAUUCUGGGCAAUAUACAUGGACAAUUUCCGGAUUUGGUAAAAAUGAUCUCAAAAAUAGGUACACCAUCACGUAAACGUUAUUUAUUCAGGGGUGAUUACGUGGAUCGAGGACAGUGGAAUCUUGGAAUUGUUUCACUACUGAUGGUCUACAAGGUUCGCUACCCAAAACACUUAUAUAUAUUACGUGGUAAUCAUGAGACGCGUGCUGUGAACAGAAUAUAUGGGUUUUUUGAAGAAUGCAUUCAACGAUUCCCAAAAAAGAGUGACGAGGCUCAACUCUGA